CCCCGUCAAACGGGAGUCGAAAAAAUGGUGGCCAGCGCUCGAGUACAGAAGCUGCUCCGACGAUACAAACUAGCGAUAGCCGCCGCGUUAACUAUCCUCCUGGUCCAGGGGCUUGUGGUAUGGAGUCUGAGAAGUCUGGAAGAGGGAGAGGCAGAGAAAAAAACACGGCGGUCUAAACUGCCUGACCACAACAGCCAGGACCCCAAGAGAGACCCGGCUCUGUCGGAGAAGCAGAACUUGUUGUCGGGGAGGGACCGGGGCAGAUGGAGCGGCCGGUCGGAGAGGAUAGCGGGCACGGCAGCCAGCACGCUGCGGAGGGGAACCAAUCGCAGAGGAGAAAAGCCCGGCGCCAGGCUGAAGGACCGGGGGAUAAUGGGACCUGGGUUGAAAGGCGCGGUCGUCCAUGACCCGUCCAGCAGCCGCAACUUCAGCGAGACCCGAGGAGGCGCAGACGGGACGGCGAAGGUUCUUGCUGUCGCCGUACUCGGGGAGCCGGGCAGCGUGGACGGGGCGCAUCAACCCGGGAGUGACUUUGUGCCUAAAUGUGACAUCGCAGGCAAGGACGCGCUGUCCGCCCUUCAUCGCGCCGGGUCGCAGCAGUGCCGGCAGGAGAUCGCCAACAUCGUGUGUCAGCAUCAGGCCGGGAAUCUCAUGCCAGACGCACUUCCUCAGUUCUGCCCUAAUCUGGGUAUAUCAAAUCAGGUGCAGGCCGCUGGCGAACUGGACAACAGCCUGCUCAAAGUGGAGAACCCGGUCAGAGUGGCGUUCGUUCUGAUGGUCCACGGCCGCGCUGUACGGCAGCUCAAGCGCCUCAUCAAAGCCAUAUACCACCAGGACCACUACUACUACAUCCACGUAGACAAGCGGUCGGGCUACAUGCAUCGGGAGGUGCUGCAGAUCGCCCAGCAGUACCCCAACAUCCGCGCCACGCCCUGGCGCAUGGUCACCAUCUGGGGGGGUGCCAGCCUCCUGAAGGCCUACCUCCGCAGCAUGCAGGACCUGCUCAACAUGCUGGACUGGAAGUGGGAUUUCUUCAUCAAUCUCAGCGCUACAGACUUCCCCACCAGGACGAAUGAUGAACUGGUGGCGUUCCUCUCGCAACAACGAGACAAGAACUUCCUCAAGUCCCACGGGAGGGAAAACGCUCGGUUUAUUAAGAAGCAGGGCCUCGACCGCCUCUUCCACGAGUGUGACAACCACAUGUGGCGUCUCGGCGAGCGCAGCAUCCCAGAAGGCCUGGAGGUCUCCGGCGGCUCUGAUUGGUUCGCGCUCACCCGCCGCUUCGUGGAGUACGCCAUCAACUCCCAGGAUGCCCUCGUCUCGGGGCUCAAGCAGUUCUAUACCUACGCUCUGCUUCCUGCAGAGUCCUUCUUCCACACUGUGCUCGGGAACAGUCACAUGUGCGACACCCUGGUGGACAACAACCUGCGCGUCACCAACUGGAACCGCAAGCUGGGCUGCAAAUGUCAGUACAAACACAUCGUGGACUGGUGCGGCUGCUCCCCCAACGACUUCAAACCUCAAGACCUCAUCCGGAUCCAGCAACUGACCCGACCAACGUUCUUCGCCCGCAAGUUCGAGUCCUCCGUGAACCAGGAGGCCAUAGACAUCCUGGACACUCACCUGUACGGCCAGUACGCUCCGGGCACCACAGCGUUAAAGGCAUACUGGGAGAGUCUGUUCGAGCACGAGGACGGCCUGGCCUCGCUCAGCGACGCAGCACUCACCGCUCACACAGCUUUCUUUCGACUCGGCCUGAAGAACCUGCUGAGCCCUCAGAGCAACGUGGAGGCCUGCAGGUUUCAACCAGUCGGCUACCCUCUAUCAAUACACGUGUACUUUUAUGACGACCGUUUCCAAGGAUACCUGAUUCGUCAGGAGGUCCAGGCUGCGGGAUCAAAGGUCAGGGAGACGCUGGAGAUGUGGGCAGUGCCUCAAGCAACGCUCGUCCUCCAGUCAAACCUGAAGGAGUUUGAAAGGCUGAAGAAUCUGGAGAUCGGCACAGAGUGGGAUCCUAAAGAGAGAAUCUUUCGGAACUUUGGCGGCAUCAUUGGCCCUCUGAGUGAGCCGCUGGCUGUGCAGAAGUGGGCGCGCGGCCCCAACCUCACGGCCACCAUCGUGUGGAUCGACCCGGCUCUGGUGGUGGCAGCUUCCUAUGACAUUACGGUGGAUGUGGAUGCAGAAUACACGCAGUACAAACCCCCGCUGCAGCGCCCCCUGCGGCCCGGGACAUGGAUGGUUCGCGUGUUGAAACAGUGGGAGCUCGUGGCCGAGGUUAGCUUCCUCGUCAUGCCGCUAACCUUCAAAGACAAGGAGCCGCUGCGCAAAGAAGAGGACAGCUGGCUCCACGCAGGGCCUCCAGGCGACCUGUACCUGGAGCAGAGCUUCCAGCAGUUGAGCUCCGUGCUGAAGCUGCCCCCCCGACAGGCGGCGACGCACGAGGCACAGCGUAAAGCCCAGCUGACGGGGCGGCCCCUUGAAGAAUGGGUGGACAGCAGCAUUAAAAACUUCUGGGUAACGGGCGGUCUCUGCGCCCCACAGACUUCCUCCUGCCCCGCGGUGGGACUUUGCUCCAAGACCUCGUGGAGCUCUCUGUCUCCGGACCCCAAGUCUGACCUGUGCCCGGUGAAGAGUGACGGGCGGAUCAGGUAGCGCCGAGAUGAGAGGCCGUAGACUGAAACACAGGGAGACAGAGCAUCUGUGAGAGUCGUCUCGGAGGCACAUACACACCCAGACGACUUCCUGCGCUGAGGACGCUCCGUGACGUGGCGAUAGGAAAGACACGGCGGGGAAAUUUGCACAUAGACGUUCACAAGACGUUUGCUGAAUGGUUACACGUUAUAUUUCAAUGGCACACGGUUCGUCAGUCAGGGUCGGAGAGGAACCUCUGGGCAUGUUUAAUCGGGAAUCCUCUUCGUUUGAAAGAGGGAGGAAACCGCUGAGUCAAUCUGAUGCUGAUUCUGAAGCAUCACUGUGAGCAGGAGGCAGAGGAAGUGCACUUUACUGUAGGACUGUAAUGUUACACAGAGGUCACCAGGUUAACGCGAGUCAGAUAAGGUCCCAUCACUUUUAUUUACAGGAGAUACCUCCCCCCCACCUUGCACAGACACAUCACUUAAUAACCUGAAUAAGGAAAAGAUAAGGAAAGAGCUAGUAGUGGGAUCUUAGUUCUGAUUAAUGUGACAUAUCAUUUUUUAACGUGUUAUUUUUUUAUGUAUGUUCUCGGUAAAGUGUUAAGUUGUCCUUUAUGCCCAUUCUUGCUAGAAAAAUCCACUCUAUUUUGUUUGUUUUAAUUAAAGGAAGUGUCCAACAGCUGCAUCAGUUUGGCCGCAGAGAGCCAGGUACAAAACAAUCCGCACUCAAAACACGAACUACAGAUCUACAUCGGCUAACUCACCUAUCGGCUCUUUUUUAUGUUGAGAUUUUAUGUUAAUUGCGGAGUUUCAAGUUUAUUAUUUACAUUUUUGGUAUCAUUUUUGUCUCCAGGUUUCUUUUAAACUAAAUCCUACUUAGCAAGGUGAAGAAAAAUGUAUUCAAGUGUUAUUUAAUCGUCUUGUUUGCCGUGUUAUCCAGAGUCAAAUGAGGAGAUUGGUACUACUUCCUGUCGGGUAAAGCAUUAGUACGAGCCUGGCUUCAAAAGGUCGAACGUUUCUUUUAAAUUAUAUACUUUUUAAAUUACAAACGUGGAUAGACACAUUUUGUUUGACCUCCUGUGUUAUAUGCGGUGUUUAUCACGUCUUGAUUUGGUUCGCAAGUUGGUGUUAUUUCAAUUCCUAAGGUGCAUUUCAGUUCAACUCCACAAACCAAAACUGUCGUCCAUGUUUAAGCAUGAUCAAGAGAAUCUAAGCUGCCUUCAGUUUGUGGGAAGAUGGAUUGUUUACCAUGGGAUAGAAGCUUUGAGAAAUGUGCAAUGACUGCCUUUUCAGAGGAUAGUGAGCCCCCUGUGUGUCUGCAUUUUUACUCCAUUUUAAAUGUUCUUAAAUAAUAGUUGGCCACCAUUCAAGUUUUCAAGUGACCUUGUUUACCUUGCACAGUACCGUUGCUUCAGUGAAGCCUCAGAUUUAUGGGUAUUAGAGGGCAUAUGUUAUUUUUCUAUACGGUUUGAGAGGAGAGUGUGUGUUGUCCGUUCAUCUCCAGUGCUCUGUUAAACUAUUAAAAACUGCUGUCUAAUAAUGUGGUACUGACAGUCCCAGAU